AUGUCUGAGAGUGAUGUAACGGCGAUGAAGGAGACGCUUCGUGCGCAGCAGCAGCUUCUGCAGAAGCUGUAUGCGGAAUUGGAUGAGGAAAGAGAAGCGUCGGCGACGGCGGCGAGUGAAGCGAUGGACAUGAUAUUAAGAUUGCAAGGCGAAAAAGCUGCGGUGAAGAUGGAGGCGAGUCAUUAUAAGAGAAUGUCGGAGGAGAAGAUAGGUCACGCGGAGGCGACGCUAGAGGUUUUCGAAGAGCUUAUGUAUGAGAAGGAAAUGGAAAUUGCUUCGCUUGAGUUUCAAGUUAUGGCUUAUAAGCAUAAGCUUCUGACGCUAGGUGUUGAUUUUAAUGCGAGUGAGUUUGAAUUUCCGGAGGAUCUUCUCUUGAAUCGAAAUGAUCAAUCCGGAGAAAAUGGUCAGUGUAGUAGAACUAUAAGAAGGCUUAGUUCGUUGCCGCCUCUUCCGUCUAAGAAUACUUUGCGAGGUAACCGGAAGAGAGAUCGAUCGCCGAGUCCACUUCCAGUUUCAGAUAUGAUUCCUAAUACAGAUGAUGGCAAGGACCAAGAAGUCAUUUCGCCGAAUAUAAAAAAACCUAUGGACUUCACAUUCGGAACACUUGACUCGUAUUGGAACCAGAUUCAAAAGUUAGAUGAAAAAGUGAACGGGAUAUCGGAUUGUAAAGAAUCGGGAGUUGAAAAAUAUUCAAGCCUCAGGAGUAGAAGAGGGAGGUCGUGUUCGAUAUUUUCACAAGGUUGCAGUAAGAUAGCGAUCGAUAAAACGUAUAUAGUACCUUCUACUACUAAUGCAGAUAAAGAGAAUCACGUCGAGGGAACACAUGAUGUGGAAUCGGUUGCUAGUCCUUCUUAUUCGGUUAACGUGCACGAUGUAUUCGAAGUUCCGCAAACAAGUGAAAAGAAUGAAGAGAAUGAACAUGGGAAAAGAAGUCUUGAGAAAUGGAUUUCAGACGUAGAUUGCAGAUUGAUAAAACCAGACUCUGUGUCCGAGGAAAUCAUAGAAUCGCAUGUUAAGCACGAUAUGGAGAAGCUAAAGAAUGUGAUGCUUAGCGCGCGUCAUGAAAUGAAAAAAUCAAAUCAUAAAGAUAUUGUCGAUUCCAACGCUGAAGCCGAGUUUCAAAAGUUGCAUCAGAGAAUCGAUAGGCUCGAGAAGGAGAGAAUUAGUAGUACAAGGCAAGAAGAGAUUAAGCGUGACGGCUAUGGAGAAGAGCAUUUGAGAUUGUUGAAGGAUAUUCAGAGUCAACUCAAUUCAAUACAGUUAGAGAUAAGAAACAGUAACAAAACCAAAAAAGCCUCGCCGAAGAAGGACGAGGACGUUUCUUUCGGACCUCUUCUUCCCGAGGCAAUGUUGUACUUUUGGAUGUGA